AUGACAACUAACGCACACAAUUUGAAUGUUUCGAGUGAUUCAAGUGAACUAGAGGGCUCAACGGAGUCGGACAAUGCAAAUGAAUCGCAUGAUUCAAGUAAAGUGGAGGAUUCGAAUGAGUCGAAUGAUUCAGAUAAACCAGGUGAUUCAAGUGAUGUGGACGAGUUGAAUAAUUUGAAUGAACAGAACAACUCGAGUGAAUCGAAUGAUUCGUCAGAUUUUGGUGAUAUGUAUGAUCAUCAAUCAACAGAUGAGAAUUCUUUUGAACUGUCUCAAUGUUCAGAUAAUUCUGAUGAGGGUAAUCAUGGCUUUAAUGAUGACACUGACAUGAGCGAGAUAGGUUGGAAUCAGAACAUUCGUAGACGUGUGAAAUCAUUCGAUGACAGCUCAAUCGUUUCAUACCAGAACAACCAUGCAUUCCGUCCUAUUGAUGCUUUUCAACUGCUAUUCACUGACCAAGUUUUCAAACUCAUAUGCACACAGACGAAUAUCUAUGGAAAACAGAAACAUAAAACGAAAUGGAUUCCGAUCAGCAUGUCUGAUAUCAAGCCAUGGAUUGGAUUGAAUAUACUGAUGGGCUUUCAUAAGCUACCAUCGUAUAAGAGAUAUUGGUCGUCAGACAGCAAUUUCAGAUUAUCGGUUGUCGCUGAAACGAUGUCAAGAAACGCAUUCGCAAAAAUCUUGAACAAUAUUCACCUAGCAAAUAAUCGAAAGAUGCCUUCGAGAAAAUCGAACGAAUAUUCUAAGACCUACAAGGUUGAUGAAUUCCUCAGAAUUCUUCAGAAAAAUU